UUCUUGGAUGGAUAUAUUUCUAGUAAUUCCAGAGAUAUGUUUUGCUUAUCAGUGCCAUAUGAGCAUUAUUCCUAUUUAUUCCUGUAUGGAAAACAGAAAUUUAAAAGAGUUUUCUAAAACUGUGUCUCUAGCGAUGGUUUUGUGCGUAUUAUGCUAUACCAUGACAGCUACUCUGGGAUAUUUGCAGUUCGGACACGGAAUAACUAACGAUAUUAUAUUAUCCUUUGAUCCCGAUGUCACAGUAAUUAUAGCCGUAGUAUUAAUAGCAGUAAAAACAUAUACAGCAUAUCCAAUAUAUCUUUUUUGUGGGAGGGCUGCUUUUGAUUCCGUGUGGAAUAGCGCUUUAAGAUUAUCACCAGAGGUUAUUGAACAACGAGAAAGAAAGAUGCGGAUUGUUGUAACGUUAAUAUGGUUUACGAUCACCGUGGUUUUGGCAAUAUUUAUACCAAAUAUAGGCGUAGUCAUUGAGUUUCUUGGAGCCCUUUCUGCCUUAUUAAUCUUUCUAUUUCCAGGUAUGUGUUUGAUGAAAUCGAUGUUGGAUAAAAAAGAUAAAGGUCCGGAAGUCAAUCCGAACUCAAAUCGUACCACGUUUUUGAUAUUUGUUGGGUGUGCGUUUAUAACAUUAGGUGUUUUUAUAUUUGGUUUGACUUUAUGUCAAGCUAUACAGAAAGAUAUACAUGGAACCAAAGCCGACACUUCAAAAUAUACUUGUUCGAAUUAACAAUGGAUCUCGAGAACUGUUCGUUGAUCAAGAUGCCAGAGAACUAAAAGUAUAUGGGAUGGGAUGGGUCUUGGGAUAUUUGGUUAUGGAGCGAGGGGGAGGGGGCCUGGGAUAUUUGGUUAUGCAGGGAAUAUUGGGGUCUAGGGAUACUUGGUUAUGGGGGAAGCGGAGGUGGUCUAGGGAUAAUUGGUUAUGUGGG